GUCGUUUUUACGAUCGUCGUCUUCUAACAAGUCUUGGCGGCAAUGCAAUAACUGAAAAAUCAGAAAGCGUCGUAGGCGUGAGCAGGAGGAUUCCAAAAUGGGAGUGCACGGUCUGUGGGAGCUACUGGCUCCCGUCGGCCGCCGCGUGUCCGUCGAAACCCUGGCCGGAAAAAAGCUCGCCAUCGAUGCGAGCAUUUGGAUGGUGCAGUUCAUGAAGGCGAUGCGGGACGAGAAGGGCGAGAUGGUACGGAACGCGCACUUGCUCGGCUUCUUCCGCCGGAUCUGCAAGCUCUUGUUCCUCAGGACCAAGCCCGUCUUCGUCUUCGACGGCGCCACCCCCGCCCUUAAGCGCCGCACUGUCAUCGCCCGCCGCCGACAGCGCGACAACGCUCAGGCCAAGGUCCGCAAGACUGCCGAGAAGUUGCUUCUCAAUCAGCUUAAGGCAAUGAAGCUGAAAGAACUGGCAAAGGAUAUUGAGAAGCAGAAGCAAAAGAGUACUGAUGCCAAGAUUUUGUCAGAUCAAACCAACAUGGUGGGGAAUCGGUUAGAAGGGGAGGAUAUGAUUUUAAAGAGUUCCAAUCAGGAGAAACUAGAUGAAAUGUUGGCAGCAUCUAUUCAGGCAGAGGAAGAUGGGAGGUUCACUAACAAGGCAUCAACAUCUUCUGCUGUUGCUAUACCUUCUGAGGAGGAGGAUGACAACGAAGAGGAAGAGAUGAUACUGCCUGCAGAGCAUGGCGAAGUUGAUCCAGCUGUAUUAGCUGCUUUGCCUGAGUCGAUGCAGCGCAAUCUUCUUGCUCAGCUCAAGGGAAAGAAGUUGGCGGCGGAUGUUGAGAACCAGAGACAGUUGCAGGAUGAUGAUGCUAAGGGUAAAAAGAAUUUGUCAGAUGAAACUGACAUGUUUGGUUGUAGUUCAAAUGGUGAUGAUCUGGUAUCAAGGAGUGACAUUCAGGAAAAACUAGAUGAAAUGUUGGCAGCUUCUAUUUUGGCAGAGGAAAAUGGGAGGUUAGCUAACAGUGCAUCUAAAUCUGUUGCUCAUUUAUCUUCUGAGGAGGAGGUUGGCGAAGAAUAUGAAGAUGAAGAUGAAGAUGAAGAGAUGAUGCUGCCUGCAAUGAAUGGUGAAUUUGAUCCAAACGUAUUGGCUGCUUUGCCUCCAUCAAUGCAACUUGAUCUUCUUGUUCAUAUGAGAGAAAGAUUAAUUGCGGAAAACAGACAAAAGUAUCAGAAAGUCAAGAAGGAUCCUACAAAGUUCUCUGAGCUGCAAAUACAAGCUUAUCUUAAAACUGUUGCUUUCCGUCGAGAGAUAGAUGAAGUGCAGAAAUCUGCUUCAGGGAGGGGGGUAGGAGGUAUACAGACUUCUCGGAUUGCCUCCGAAGCGAACAGAGAAUUUAUUUUCUCAUCAUCAUUUACUGGUGAUAAGCAGGCACUUACAUCUACCAAAGCACAGAGAAAUGGAGAUAAGUCACAAGAGACACACAGAGAGAUGCCUUCUCAAGAAUCUAUCAAUGGUGUUGCAUCUACUAGUAAGUCCAAUACCAUGACUGGUUCGGACCUGGAUGAAUCUAGAACGGUUUUUGAUGACAAUAUCGAGACAUAUUUGGAUGAGAGGGGGCGUGUUCGAGUCAGUAGAGUGAGAGCAAUGGGGAUCCGUAUGACUCGUGAUAUACAAAGAAAUUUGGAUUUGAUGAAAGAGACUGAGCAGGAGAGCGCAAGUGCAAAAAACAUUGCAAAUACUCAAACCAUGCUCGACAGAAAUGAAAUUAGUGUCCCAAGAAGUUUUCCUAGUAAAAACCAGUCUGUACAAGCUUCACACGAUGAUAAUAGUGAAUCUGUUAACUUGAAUGAGAAAAAUGAGGAGUCCAUGUUAAAAAAUGACACUUCCAUGGAGAUAUCCUUUGAAGAUGAUGAGAAGAACAAGUGUUUUGAUGGUGAUGACGAUCUAUUUGCUCAUUUAGUUGCAGGGAAUCCAGUAAAAAUCUCUUCUACUGACAAUGCCUCAUCAAGGAAGCAACCUUCUGAUCUUCACUGUGACUGGGUGGAAGGAAUCAUCAAAGAGAAAGGUAAUAGUCUCUAUAGUGAUGUAGGAGCUGAAACUAAGCCCUCUCUUGAGGAAGGCAACGUGAGUGAUGAGAGUGAUGUGGAAUGGGAGGAAGAAGUUUGUGACUUCCAUAAAAGCACCUCCUUGUGCCAAGCAGAAUCAGGGAGAGCAGUUUCUAAAGGUCAUAUGGAAGAAGAGGCUGAUUUGGAGGAAGCAAUAAGGAGAAGCCUCGAGUAUGUAGGGGAUAAGGAAUCUAAUAUUGAAAUAGCUCAAGAUGAGAAGAAUUAUGGAGAAAAGGUUCAUAAAGAAAUUGGAAUCUUUGAUCAGAAAAAUAAUAUGGGUGGGGAACUUUUGCCAGGGCAGAAUGGUACUCAAGAAAAUGAGUCAUUUUGUGAAAUUGUGGAUGGAGUUGAAAAGCCAGAUAGUGUGGCUGGAGUAACUGUGUUACAAACUGUUGAUUCUUCUGGGCAGCAGUUGAUGUCAUCUGUGGCAUGUAAUUCUGAUAACACGCGGGUGCUGAUAAAUAAGCCACAUGAAAAAUACCCUUAUUCAUGUUCUGGGCAAUCAAUGCAAGAUGCAAGAGAAAGUGGGAGUUUGGACAGAGAAAUGCCAUGUGCUGAAUCUGUAAUUCCUUUGGAAAAGGAGGAGGUCCAUGUGAUUACAGAACAUCUAUUGGAUACCUUUAGAGUUGGUUCUGGCUUAUCUAACUCUCCUAACUAUGGUUCUGAGGGUAAUUCUCAUAUUUCUGAUACCAUAUCUGGUGUGAAUACCAAUGACUUUCAGAUUGGUGAUAAGAUCAAUGAUACUAAAGCUGCAUCUGUCCAUCGUUUUACUGACAUGAUUAACCCUAACUUUCCUCUAAGGAAGUUAUCCACAAAAGACUCAACAGAUGACCUUGAUUUUCAGCAGAAUUUGGCUGCUGAAAAAAAAAUUGACAAUAAUAUUGAGGAAAGGAAGCACAACAAGGACAAUUCUCCCUUUGAGGGAAAUGAAAAUCUGCAGGUCGAAGUCACAGAGGGUAAUUUGGAUGAGGAAAUGCUAAUUGGUAAUUUGAAUGAGGAAAUGCUAAUUCUCGAUCAAGAAUAUUUGAAUCUAGGAGAUGAACAGAGAAAGCUUGAGCGUAAUGCAGAAUCUGUCAGCAGUGAGAUGUUUUCAGAAUGCCAGGAAUUACUUCAAAUGUUUGGAUUGCCGUAUAUUAUUGCACCAAUGGAAGCAGAAGCUCAAUGCGCUUAUAUGGAACUUGCAAACCUUGUUGAUGGUGUUGUGACUGAUGACUCUGAUGUGUUUUUGUUUGGGGCCAGAAGUGUUUACAAGAAUAUAUUUGAUGACCGAAAAUAUGUUGAGACAUAUCUCAUGAAGGACAUUGAGAAGGAGCUUGGCCUGACAAGAGAAAAAUUAAUUCGGAUGGCAUUGCUUCUUGGAAGUGAUUAUACUGAAGGUGUCAGUGGGAUUGGCAUUGUCAAUGCUAUUGAGGUUGUAAAUGCAUUUCCCGAGGAAGACGGCCUCUGCAAAUUCCGAGAGUGGAUUGAGUCUCCAGAUCCCACCAUCCUUAAAAAGUUUGAUGCAGAAACAGGAUCGAGUGCCAAAAAAAGGGGACCAAAAGUUGGUGACAACGGUUUGAAUUGCUCAAAAAGUAGCACAGAAGAAGUCUCUGCAUCUGACCUAAACAUCUCCCAAGCUCAAGAACAGAAGCAGUCUGCAAUUUACAUGCACGACAUAAAGCAGAUUUUUAUGCAUAAGCAUAGAAAUGUGAGCAAGAACUGGCAUAUCCCUUCUUCUUUUCCAAGUGAAGUGGUUAUCUCUGCUUACUUUUCUCCACAAGUUGACAAGUCGACUGAGACAUUUACAUGGGGAAAGCCAGAUCAUUUUGUUCUUCGCAAAUUGUGUUGGGAAAAGUUUGGGUGGGCUACCCAGAAGGCGGAUGGGUUGCUAGUACCUGUUCUGAAGGAGUAUGACAAACACGAGACUCAAUUGCGGUUGGAAGCAUUUUACACUUUCAAUGAACGAUUUGCAAAAAUUCGUAGUAAGAGAAUUAAUAAAGCCGUUAAAGGAAUCGCUGGAAACCAAACCUCGGAUUUGAUGGAUGAUCCCUUGCAAGAGGUUUCCAAAAGUAGAAAGAAAAGAAGAGUAAGCCAGGUUGAUAACAAUUCAGAGAAACCUUCAAAGAAACUAGAUGAGAAUGAUGUUAGGAACCAAAGUAACUAUAUGGACAAAUCAACACCUAAGCAUUCAAGGAAAAGGAGGAAUGCUGGAGAGCCUGUUCCAUCUAUAGAGAAGAGUACAGAACCACCUAUGGAGGCACAAGGCAGGCGAAGUCACAACAGAGCAUCGCGUGGGACUGGAAGAAGCAGAGGAAGAGGGAGAGGCAGGGGAAUAGGAAGAGGAAGGGGAAAAAGUUCUGGUUUUGAACCAUGUGAAAGCACUAGUGGUGACAGUGAUGAUGAUGAGCAAGAAGUUCUUGCGAAGAAGUUAGAAGGGCCAGACGAAAUGCGAAGGUCAACGCGAGUUCGGAAGCCUGUAAAUUAUACUGUGAAUCACUUUGAAGUUGACGAUGUGGACAAAUCAUCAGACAAAAGCGAUAAAGAAUUCGCGGAUGAAGCGGCAGUAGAGCAAGAUAUAUCUUUGGCCCAGGUUGUAUGCGGAGAUGCAGCUGCUGUUCAUAAUGAAAAGAAACAGCAUAAUGCAGGACAUCCUGCUCUUGAGGAGUGCUUGCAUAGUGACUAUCUUGAAAUGGGAGGUGGCUUUUGCACUGACAAAUGUGAAAUUGGUCAACCAGAUGUGAGCCAGUGUGGCGAUCCUUCUUUUGGGACCGAGUUUUCUAAGGAUUACCUCAACAUGGGAGGUGGGUUUUGCUUGGAUGAAGGUGAGCCAGAGGAUGACCAAGAUGGAGCUUAUGGCCCAGCUUCAGCUACUGCCUCAGGAAAUGCUGACCUAUCCCAUCGCUCUGGUUUCUUGGAUGAAGCUGAUAUUGAUGAUGGUUCAGUUCAUUCUAACUUGGUCCCUAAAGGUGGCUUGAAUGGACUUCAAGAUAGAGGGAAGAUGGACGCUUAUGAUACCACGUUGAAUGUGGACCAUCUAAAUACUUCAAGUAAUGAUGGUAAUUCAAAGGGGUCUCUGCAGGAGAAUACUAAAGAUGAUACUGGAACGACCUCUGUAGGAGGUCUAAGUGCUAUGCCUUUUCUGAGAAGAAAGCGGAGGAAGAGCUGAAACCUGUAUAUUCUGGAUGCCAUAUCAUUAUUUUCUUUCUUUUUUGGUGUAUACAGGUUACCAUCUCCCUCUCUCUCUCUCUCUCUCUCUCUCUCUCUCUCUCCUUUUUGUCUUUUUAGUGUUUUAAUUUAAGAACUUAUCAGAAAUGCAGUUAUAGUGAGGGGCCUUCCUGUGGAUCUGGUUAUCAUUUGUGCAAUACAGUAAGUCGAGAAGGAGCAAAUGAUCAAAACAUUAAAACACACAUCUCUAUCCAUUUGAUUUGUAUAUCUGCAAUUCUCGCCAGCAAUCUUCAAUUUUUUUCAGAGUUUGUUAUCUCUCCAGGACUGAAA